AUGACAAAGUUAGGAGAGAUUGAAAAAAUCAAGAGGGAGAUCGAGGGAAUGGUUCUAAGGAAUGCUCUUAAUAUCAGGAGAAUGUUGGAGUUACUGAGGACCGUGUCAAAUAUUUCGAUGGACAUCGAUACUUUGAGGAAAACUAGAAUCGGCAUUGCGGUGAACACCGUCCGUCGAACCUACCCGAACAACAAGCCCAUUCAUGACCUAGCUCUGACGUGCAUUCGCAACUGGAAACGUAUCGUGAAACAGGUGGAACGUCGAAAGUCAGAUUCGUACAGCGAGGUCGACGCCAAAACGAACCUCGUUGUGCCUGAAAACGACUGCCGUCCGAUUGAUUCUUCGCUGGGGACGCAUCACAGCGGGAGAAAGGACGAUGAAAGCGCUUCUACUGAAAAUCUGAAAUGGCCGGCUGAGCCGAUUCGUGUAAAAUCCAUCGAGUUGCUGACAGAUGCUCUUAGCCAUUUGAACGAAGAUGGCAGCCCUUCGACGGAAAACUUGGCGGCAAUUUCCAGCGACCAAAACAACUGCCGCAAUUUGGCGUACGAAAUUGAAGACGAAGUUUUCAAGUUGAACGGCUGCACGCCACACAAGAAGUAUCGCACCCACAUCCGAAAUCUGGUGUUGAUCUUUAAACAAAGGCGUAAUCCCAGCCUCAACCGCGAUCUUGUGUGUCACAAGAUAUCCCCAAAAGCCGUGGCAGCGAUGAGUCCUGAGCAGCUGGCACCCGACAGCAUGAAGGAACUUCGCUGCACCUUCGAAAGGGAGAGCUUCAGAUCUCGAUUGAUUUCUGAGAAUGAAGAAUCUAGAAGCGGCAGUUUUAAGCUGCUCGCCUCGUUUCCUUUCCUUGGACUUGUGGAUUUGCUGAACGUGUUUAGAGGCAUACAAGUUUAUUGCCAGUAG